CCGAGUCGCGCGCUCGUCGCGUCAGUGUUUCCACAUUACUGUGUUUAGGCUAUGUGUACUGACUAAGAAGAAUAUCAGAUAGCAUGAUGCGGGCGUGGCUGGUGGUGGCGCUUCUGGCCGCCGUCAGCGCCGACGAGGCUCAGGACCCUGAGGGCCUCAUGGAUGUGGCUGCAGAAACGGCCAGCGCUGAUUACUCCGUGUACGUGGGGCGAUGGACGGAGUGCUCCCCUCUGGGGGAGGGGGAACAUGCCACCAGGUCUUUACUAAGGUUCAACGUGCACGCGGAGGCAGACUCCCUGGUGCACUCUCCGAGGCUGGGGCUGCAGCGGCGGCAGGUGCAGUGCCGGAAGAAGGAUGGCCAGUUCGUCGAGAACAUGUAUUGCGGUUCAGCGCUAGCUCGCGUCGGGACGUCCCGCGUCUGUAUCUUACGAGAAGACUGCUCCCUGGCUGAAUGGAUGCCGUGGCGGCCGCGUACUGACGGCGCGCUAGUGCGGACGAGGCGCGUCCGGAGGUUACCACACGGCAAUGGCAAAGAAUGCGACGUGGUGGAAGAGGUCCGGCCAGCAGCUCUGGAGGCGACGGCCCACUGGACUCCUGGACCGUGGGGCGACUGCAGAGUGGCCGUCGAAAUGACUGCUACUCCUAAACCUGCCAACGACGAUGACAACGACGAAGCAGACGACGACGCGAUAUACGACGAUGAUGAAGCUGAUGACAUUGACGAUCGCGACUCCACUCCCGCGAGUUGUGGCGGUGGGGUACAACGACGAGAGGCCACGUGUGUGAGGGCUGACGGGAGGGCGUUACACCCUGUGCAAUGUGCCCAUGCACCGAUGCCGACGCUUGUGCAGCCCUGCGAGGUCCCUUGCCCGCGUGACUGCGAAGUGGGAGAGUGGAGCGAAUGGGAAGCCUGCCAACCGACUGACAAGUGCCCCUUGAAUCCCGUGCAACAGCUCACCAGCAGUGGCUACAGUGUCCGCCGUCGCCGAGUAACCGCAGCCGCAUCCGGCGGCGGAGCGCCCUGCCCGCCUCUAGAAGAGAAGAGAACUUGCGCCGCGCCGCGCUGCGCAGCGUGGAAGCCCCUGCCGUGGGGAUCCUGCGUGCUGAAUCAACCGCACACGACUUGUGGCCCUGGCAGGAGGAGUCGGGAACUCAGAUGCGUUGGACAUAAUGGGAAGGAGGCCCCUCGCGCGUGGUGUAGCGACACGGGCGCGCCGGCGCGCACCGAGCGCUGCCGCAUCGCGUGCGCCGGCGACUGCGUGGUCUCCGCCUGGGGCGCCUGGGGCCCGUGCAGCGCUUCCUGUGCUGCUGCUGCUAGACCCCCACCUAAGGACAGGACGCGUCAUAUACUGGCGCAUGCCUCACCUGAUGGCUGGCCCUGUCCGUCCGAAGACCAGUUAGUCCAGCAUGAAACCUGCAACACUCACGCCUGCGCCACAUACUCCUGGCUGGCGACACCCUGGGGGCCCUGCGAGCGCCGUCAGGACUACAUGCCUAUCUCCAACUACACUGAUCUGCUGGAUGGAGAAACGUUUAACGAUAGCGACGACGAAGAGCCUUGCGUUGAGGAGGGAGAGAUGACGAGAGACGUGAUGUGCGUGCAGAACAACGCGGACGUCGUCCGUGAGGCGCUAUGUGCUCCGCUCCGCCGUCCAGCAUCGCACCGCGCGUGCACGGUGCGGUGCCGCCGCGGCUGCCGCGUUGAGGCCUGGAUGCCGUGGUCUUCAUGCCCCAAUACUUGUGAUCCCGGCAAGCAGAUCCGCGUGCGCGUAGUCCACGGCGGGCCGAGCUGCGGGCCCGCGCAGGAGUCGCGCGCGUGUCCCGUGGCGCGCUCGUGUCGCGCGCGCGACGCCUCCUGGGUCGCCGGCGAGUGGAGCACGUGCCGCCUCCCGCCUGGCGAGAGAGCUGGCAUCGGGCAUAGAGUCAGAAGCAUUUGGUGCGGCUCCGCUUCUCACCGCGUGAACGCGGGCGCGUGCGCCGGUCAGCUGGUGCCGCAGAGCGUCGCGGCUUGUCGCGUGCCGUACGACACCGUCGUCGCCACUGUCACCUGCGACCACGUCUGCGCCGAGCCACUGAAAUAUUUGGACGCGUCUGACCCAGACAUUCCCACUUGCACCUGCAAGAAUGUGUCUCUGGAACUCCUGCCUACGGACUCUGACUGCAUUCUUCCACCAGGCACUGAAUGUGGAGAAGGGAGAGCCCUAAGAGCUGCGCGCUGCAUGUUCGGCGGACGAGACGUGCCCAUGGACGUUUGCAAGAAGUUCCACCCUCUUACUGGUCCGAGCCGAGUUCGCGAAGCUUCUACCGACGGUUACACGUACGACGAAGAGUUCCCGUCGCUCCUGCGCGGGGCGUGCAGCGUGCGGUGCGCGCGCGACUGCGGCGCCGGCGCGUGGGGCGAGUGGGGGCCCUGCGCCGCCGAGGCCGGCUCCCGGGCCGCCUUCCGGUAUCGGACCAGGGAAGUUUUAGAGGAAGGCUCGGCGGGCGGUCGUGAAUGUGGUGCGACAUUACAACGAGCGACGUGUGUCGUAUCGGAGCCGCGAUGGGUUCUUGGCGAGUGGUCAGUCUGCGCCCCGCAUCGCGUACUCUGCGGCCGGGCUAUCAUCAACCGAACUGUCGCAUGUGAAGACGGCGAAGGCAACGUGCUGGAAGAUCCCGCAUGCGAAGCGGCCGGCGCAGGCGGUGCGCCGUCACGAGAUGCGACUUGCCGCGCUCCCUGCCCUGGCGACUGUGUUGUCAGCGCCUGGUCCGACUGGAGCCCUUGCGAGCAGACUAAAUGGGGUGGCCGUCGCGACAGAACACGCGUGGUACUUCGUCCAGCGGCGGAAGGCGGGGCUGUGUGCCCGCCUCUCGUCAGCGCUGAGCCCUGCUCCCCGCACUCCUACUCCUGGCACGUGGCGCCCUGGGAUGAUUGCCAGCCGCUAGGUGGUUCACCGUGUGGCGAGGGAACGAAGAGACGAUCCGUCCGCUGCCUGCGAAGUGAUGGCGUAUUUGUCAACGAUACUUUCUGUCCCAACACGACGUCAACGGAAGCGAGCGAGUCUUGGUGCUACGUGCCGUGCGGUGUGGACUGCGAGCUAAGCGAGUGGAGCGCGUGGGACACCUCCGCCUGCUCGUGUGGAGACGCCUCAUCCGCCAGACACAUGCGGCGAAUCAGGCAGCGACUGACAUCAGCAGUGUGGCCCGGCCGUGCGUGCCCGCCGACUGAGCAGCGCGCGCCGUGCCCGCGCGAGCCGUGUCUACGUCUGCUGGCACGACCCGUGCUCGGCUGCCACGUGCAGACAUCAUCAGGUCAAGAGGCAGACGGUGCGUGUGGCUGGGGCGUGAAGAUCUCCCGCGUGCGCUGCGAGCUGGCAACAGCGGGCGACGACGGCUCCGAGGCGUUCCUGGAGCCCUGGCGCUGCGCCCCCGCGCUGCCCGGCCGCAUCGUGGCCCCGCCACUGCACUACCAGGAGGAGUCAUGCGAAGUGGAAUGCGGCUGCAAGGAGUCGGAGAGCGGGCAGCCGGGCCCGUGGGGCGCGUGGGGCCCGUGCCGCGGCGGCGCGCGCAGCCGCUCGCGCCAGCUGCUCGUGCCGCCGAGGGACGCGUGCCGCACGCCCGCCAGAUACGUGACAAUCGAGUGGGCAAACUGUACUGUGGGCGAAGAGACAGAUCUGCUGGUAUACGAGCCUCGCGACGAGACCCCGCGUCGUGCCUGGCUCGACACAGACUACCACGACGGUUAUAUCGAGGGAAGCAGUUCUUUGCUGGCCGUGGUGUGGACCGCCACCAUCGUGCUCAGUGUGUACGGCGCGUUCAUGCUGUACCGCGGACUGAUCAGAUGUCUUCGCAGCCGAAAGCUGAAGACCAUCACCAAAGUGUAAGCCAACGAGGACUCACUCUGAGACUCGUCACCCUGAGCGCAAGCCAGGCCCCUCACUCAGGACCUCAGGUCCUUUUUGUUGUCUGUUUACCUCUUAAGUUACCGUGUCUGUUAAAUGUUAAGUUUACUUUUCGCUUA